UGAAUGAGUAAUUGUUGACAAAUACGAGUCAAUACGUGUUGACAACGAGUGAUGAAAUCUAAAGUGCUUUUCAUUUCUUAAUUCAAUUGAUUUUAAGUUAAUUUUGAUUUAAUUAAUAGUGAUUUUCAUACAAAUUGUUUUGUACUACAAGUGAAUGGAAGAGAAGGACAGGGAAUCGAUGGAAGCGCUCGAAGAGGGCGACGAAUUGCGGGCGAAGAGGAAGAUAAUUGACGCCAAACUGAAGGCCAGACCCGAGCUGACGGACUGUAAUUCGUGGACAGCAAACAAAUUGAGUCAAACGUUUGAUUUGUCGGUCAAUGCGUUUGAAGACAAUGUGGAGAGGAUUGACACGAGAGAUGUCAGACCCGAACAGUUUGUCGAGAAGUACGAGAAGCUGUACCGUCCGGUCGUCAUCACCGGUGCCUCCGACCAGUGGAGGGCUUGUCAUAAGUGGACUCUUUCGCGGUUGGCGAAGAAGUAUAGGAACCAAAAGUUCAAAUGCGGUGAAGACAAUGAGGGAUAUUCCGUGAAACUAAAGAUGAAAUAUUUUGUUUAUUAUAUGCGAAACAAUUCAGACGACUCUCCGCUCUAUAUAUUUGACAGCAAUUAUGGAGAACACUGCCGAAAGAAGAAACUGUUAGACGACUACACGAUUCCCGAGUAUUUUAGCGACGAUUUGUUUCAAUACGCGGGCGAAGAGAAGCGCCCGCCUUAUCGCUGGUUUGUUAUGGGACCCGAACGGUCGGGCACUGGCAUUCAUAUCGACCCGUUGGGCACANUUAGCGACGAUUUGUUUCAAUACGCGGGCGAAGAGAAGCGCCCGCCUUAUCGCUGGUUUGUUAUGGGACCCGAACGGUCGGGCACUGGCAUUCAUAUCGACCCGUUGGGCACAAGUGCCUGGAAUGCGCUCAUUGUUGGCUACAAACGGUGGUGUCUUUUCCCGACCAAUACUCCCCGCGAACUCAUUAAAGUAAAGCCGAGCGAAGGCGGCCGACAGAGCGAUGAGGCCAUCACUUGGUUUAAUGUGAUUUACCCGAAGACUAAGUCUCCCGAUUGGCCUCAAGAGUUCAAACCGUUGGAAAUCUUACAAAAAGCUGGCGAAACAGUGUUCGUCCCGAGCGGGUGGUGGCAUGUGGUCAUCAAUCUGUCCGACACCAUAGCUGUCACACAAAACUUUUGCAGUCUAACAAACUUUCCUGUGGUUUGGCAUAAGACAGUCAGAGGGAGACCUAAAUUGUCUCGAAAAUGGCUUUCAGUGCUGAAAGAGAAGUUCCCAGAAAUAGCGGCCGUCGCCGAGAGAGUCGAUUUGAGUGAAAGCACUGGCGUUGCGUCCGAUAGUUCCAGUGACGACAGCAGCAGUAGUUCCAAAAUGUCUGUCAAAGAAUGUGUCGAACGAACGAAUCGUUAUAUCGAGUUUAACCUUGUUUAUAUUUGCCAAACAACUCAUCACCAAAGGUAG